UCCAAACGCCAAAAAUAUUUAACAUUGAGGAGGUUAUGUUGUAUUGCUUUGAAUUUCAGCAAUUUUUUCGGUGUUAAUUUCUAGUGGAAUGUUGUGAAUUUGCCCAAUAUGUUCGAAGCUCAGGAAAUAACCGCCGAACACAAAGAUUUAAUUCAUGAUGUGGCGUACGAUUUUUACGGCCAAAGAAUGGCAACUUGCUCGAGUGAUCAGUACGUUAAGGUCUGGGAUCAAAAUAGUGACGGAAAAUGGUCCUUAACGUCCAGCUGGAAAGCACAUAGUGGUUCAGUGUGGAAAGUUACAUGGGCACACCCUGAGUUCGGCCAAGUUCUGGCUACUUGCUCAUUUGAUAGAACAGCAGCAGUUUGGGAGGAAAUUGUGGGUGAGACUCCGGGUCCAGGUGAAAGAGGUACAAGACACUGGGUACGAAGAACUAAUUUGGUUGAUUCAAGAACCUCAGUCACAGAUGUGAAGUUUGGGCCAAGAACUCAGGGUCUACAAUUGGCAACAUGUUCAGCUGAAGGAAUCAUCAGAAUUUAUGAAGCACCCGAUGUUAUGAAUCUCAGUCAGUGGACCUUACAGUAUGAAGUUCAGUGUAAAUUACCUUGUAGCUGCUUGAGUUGGAAUCCCAGCUUGUCGAAAAUGCACCCAUUAAUGCUUGCUGUAGGAAGUGAUGAUCCUAAUCCUGCAAAUGGGGUUAAAGUUUUCAUUUAUGUCUAUAGUGAGAGUAGCAGGAGGUGGACAAAAAUUGACGCAAUUACCAAUAUUACGGAUCCUGUAUAUGAUAUUUCUUUUUCGCCAAAUCUUGGGCGGAGUUUUCAUGUUUUAGCUGUUGCCACCAAAGAUGUAAAAAUUGUUAAUUUAACUCAUGUAUAUGAUAAUCCAAAUUUGCAGAAUGUAAUAACAAAAUUAGAUGCCCAAACAGUUGCUCAAUUUGAUGAUCAUGAUUCCACUGUAUGGAGAGUAUGUUGGAAUGUAACAGGAACGAUUUUAGCUUCAAGUGGUGAUGAUGGCUGUGUUAGAAUGUUCAAAAUGAAUUAUAUAAAUUCAUGGAAACCAAUAGCAGUCUUAAGAGGUGAUGGAUCCCAGGUACCCAAUGAGGGACAUCGUUCUUCAGUAAGUUCUACACUUGGGUCAUCAGUGCAAACUGCAUCACAAACGGCAAGGUAUAUAAAACUAGGUGCCAUUUCACAACCAAGAGAUGUACCAUGGCAUUGACUUAACCACACUGGUGUGAAAAAUUUCCUUUACGUUGUAAAACAUUUUUUAUUUAUAGUUGCAUACUUGGUAAAAGUGUGCCAGUAAUUAAAAUAAAAUAUCCUAAUUUUUUAAAAA